AUGCUGUUGGGUGCUUCAGUGUUUUGGUCCGUUUUGGGCACAGAGAAGGUUGAAUUAGGUAAAGGUAAGCCUCUACUUUUUGGAACAAAGCUGGGAUUCGUGAUUGCUGGGACUAUGCAUUUAAAACCAGGGCAAAUGCAAGUGCAUAAGCAAUCACAACCAAAAAGGUGUCUUUUCUCAUCUAACUGUUCGGUUCAGGGGCAGUUAGAAAAAUUUUGGGCUCUAGAAGAAAUAGGUUAUGAGAAACGACUAACAAGGGAAGAAGAAGAAUGUGAAAGAUUUUUCGCGGAAACGACGAAACGAAGCGAAGAUGACAGAUUCGUUGUCAAGUUGCCAAUACGUGUCGGGGUACCAGAGUUAGGCAAUUCAGUCAAUGUGGCGAUAAAAAGGUUUUCUUCAUUGGAGAAAAAAAUAGAAAGGGACAAUGAAUUGAAGGAAAUGUAUCACGCAUUCAUAAGAGAAUAUCUUUCAUUGGGCCAUAUGUCUAGAGUAUAUUCGGAUAAGGAAAUUAAUGAACCUGUAGCGUAUUAUCUUCCAUAUCACGCGGUUAUUAAGAAAACAUCACUGACCACCAAGCUAAGAGUUGUUUUUGAUGCCAGCGCACCAACUAACACUGGAGUGUCUUUAAAUAAUCAGCUAAUGGUCGGUCCAAAGCUGCAAGAUGAUAUUUUUGAUAUACUAGUACGUCUUAGGAAAUACGCAGUAAUCAUAACAGCUGAUGUGGAGAAAAUGUUUAGGCAGGUUUGGGUUGCGGAGGAGGAUCAGGAUCUGCAAAGAAUUUUAUGGAGAUUUAACGCGGAUGAACCCAUCGGACAUUUUAAGUUAAACACGAUUACUUAUGGGAUGGCAUGUUCAGGAUAUUUGGCAGUAAAAUGUUUGCAACAACUCUCGGAGUGUGAGGAUGAUAAAGUAGGAAGGGCAAUCAUGAAGGACUUUUACAUGGAUGAUCUCUUGACAGGGGCAGAUACAGUUGAAGAAGCCCGAGAGAUUAAGAAAGGGAUCAGUCAGGUGUUAGCUUCGGGUGGGUUUAUCCUGAGAAAAUGGAGUUCUAAUAAACCAGAAACUCUGUUAACCUGCGAUGAGCCAAAUGUGGAGCAUUAUAUAUCAGGAGAUAGCACUUCGAAAACACUAGGUAUCAGAUGGAAUCCACACCUAGAUACUUUGCACUACGAUUGUCCUGAAGAUUAUGGUGUUUUAUUGGACAAUAAGGUAACCAAACGCAUAAUUUUGUCAUUGAUAUCCCAGAUAUUCGAUCCUUUGGGACUGUUGGCUCCUGUUAUUAUUAAAGCUAAACUUGUACUUCAACUAUUAUGGAAGGAAAAGGUAGGUUGGGACGAGGAAGUUCCGCAAGGUGUUCUAGUUCCAUGGUUAAAUUUGAGAGAGGAAUUUCAGAAACUAAAGGUGUUUCAAAUAGAACGGCAGGUUAUAUGCACAGGGUCUAGGGAUUUUCAGAUACAUGGUUUCUGCGACGCUUCGCAGAAGGCUUACGGGGCUUGUAUUUUUGUGAGAUCAGUAGACCAGAAGGGAGAUUGUCACGUAAGGUUGUUAUGUUCGAAAUCACGGGUUGCUCCACUUAAAGUAAUAUCUCUUCCCAGAUUAGAAUUAUGUGGUGCCCUUUUGUUGGCUAAGUUGGUUAAGGCAGUUUUACAAGCGAUCGAUAUAAAUCCGUCUCAAAUAAGGUAUUGGUCGGAUUCGUCCAUUGUGCUGUCUUGGUUGUCAAGGGAACCUUCGACUUGGACAACAUUCGUGGCAAAUAGGGUCGCGGAGAUUCAAACCCUCAGCGGAGGCAACCAAUGGGGUCAUGUACCAUCAGAGCAAAAUCCGGCGGAUUUGGUCUCCAGGGGUACUGACUGUGACAGCUUAAGUGAAAAUUUAUUAUGGUGGGAAGGCCCAUUCUGGUUAUCUCGCGAAGAGAAUUACUUUCCUCAAACUCAUAUUCCUAGUGUUGAUGUCAUUCCUGAGCAGAAGAUCAUAAAACAUUCAUAUAUCGUGACGGAUCUUAAUAAGGUGCUUAGAAGGUUCUCGAAUUUCAAUAAAUUACUUCGAACAUUCUCUUAUUGUUUAAGAUUUAUGCAAAAUUGCAGGGCUUCUAAAAGAGGGGAACCACCUAGAAGAGGUCCAUUAACGGUACAGGAGCUUGAUAAAGCAUGGACAGUGGUAAUCGCAUUAGUUCAACGUGAAGUUUUUGGUGCUGAAAUUAAGGCCAUAGAAGGGGGAUGCGGGCUGGAUAGACGAAGUAGAAUUUUGUCUCUUAAUCCGUUUUUGGACAAGGAUGGGCUAUUAAGGGUAGGAGGUCGGCUAGCCAAGGCUAAUCUUAGUUAUAAUCAGCGGUUUCCGGUAAUACUUCCAAAUAAACACGACGUCACGCGGUUAAUCAUUCUAUGUGAGCACUACAAGCAUUUACAUGCAGGUCCGCAGGCGCUUUUAGCAGUAAUGCGUCUCAAAUACUGGCCCAUAUUAGGUCGUCAAACAAUAAGAAGUGUUUUAUCGCGUUGUAUUGUAUGUUUUAGGGCAAAACCAAAGGAUUUUAGGCAAUACAUGGGGGAGUUACCAAGCAGUCGUAUUGUUCCAAGUCGGCCAUUCGAAAAUUGUGGGGUUGAUUACGCAGGGCCAUUUUUUGUUAAAUCAGGCACAGUUAGAAAACCUGUUAUUACCAAGGCGUAUUUAUGCGUCUUUAUAUGCUUCGCGACUAAGGCGGUCCACCUAGAAUUGGUCGUUGAUCUAACGACCCAAGCUUUUCUUAACUGCUUUAAGAGGUUCAUCGCACGUAGGGGACUUUGUAAGGGUAACCAGGAGGUUUUCUCACAGUACUUUACAAAUUCAUUUAUAAAAUGGCAUUUCAUUCCACCACGUUCGCCGCACUUUGGGGGUUUGUGGGAGUCUGCGGUGAAAUCCGCAAAGUACCAUCUAAAGAGGGUUUUAAAUGAUCAGAAGUUAACGUUUGAAGAGUUGUAUACAGUGAUAACCCAAGUGGAGGCAUGUCUGAAUUCCCGGCCAAUUACUCCUGUAAGUGAAUCUGCGGAUGAUUUGGAAAUUUUAACGCCAGGUCAUUUUUUAAUGGGUAGCUCACCCUCUGCUCUACCUCAAGAAGAUAUAAAAGGUCAUAAUCCAAAUCGCUUACAAAGGUAUCAGUUAUUGACUCAGUUUAUCCAAAGUUUUUGGAAACGGUGGCAAACGGAGUAUUUGGGUAACUUGCAACAGCGAUCUAAGUGGCGAAUAAGAGCGGACUCUAUAAAAAUUAAUGACAUGGUGUUGGUGAAAGAAGAUAACACUCCGCCCAUGAAAUGGCAUUAAAACCGCGAGUGGUUUAAUAAAGAGGUCUACUUCUCGUGUAUGUGUUCUACCAUUUGAAGGCAGUAAUUAAUAAGAAUUUUAGGAACAUUAAGGAUUUAGUGUUUAAAAUAGAUUUUAGGAAUUAGGGUUAAGGUUUUUGAAAGACAAGCUUUCAAGGGGGGCGGCAUGUUGGGUUUUUGAAAGCCGUACGACGUACGAUGCGUACAAGGCCUUAGCGCAGGACCUUGAUCGCCGCCGGCGGGGAGCGCGUCGCUGGCAGAAGGCAGAAGUCACGUAGGCCCACAGCGCAGCCGAAAAGCUUACAAAAACUUAGUAUUGCCUGGCCUUUAAGGGGGAGUGCAUCGCACUACCAUUUUUCUGUUGUCGUGUUAUUCAGUAAAUUAGAAAUAAAGACCAUAUUGACAAAGACACUCGAUUUAUUGUCUGUAGCUGUAUAUAAAAGGUAAACAUCAUUGAAAAAGAC